AUGCGCGGAGCGUUGGGGCCGAGGCAAUGGAGGAGACUGCCUCGAUCACCUCCGCUUCCUCUCACCAGCUCCUUGCGGAAGAAGCUUCGGCUUCCGAGGAUCCCUUCGAAGAGACUCUUCAUCCGUCUUGUCGUUGUCAUCGUCCUCAUUGCUUUUGUUGCUCCCGUAUUCUUCCAUUUCCGCCUGCGCCGAUUCCACCAGAUGCGAAUGCGAAAGUGCCACUGGCUGGAGAGUCCUCCGCUUGUUUGUGCACACGGCGGUGAUUCCAGCCGGGCAGCGCCCAACACAAUGGAUGCAUAUCGCAUUGCUAUUCAGUCUCAUGUGGAUUGCAUUGAAAUAGAUGUCUCUCGAUCCUUAGAUGGAACAUUGUUUGCUCUUCAUGACAGGGAUCUGCAGAGAAUGUUAGGCAAUAGUACUGCAAAAGUUGGCUUCAUGAGCACAAACGAGAUAAACAAACUCAAAGCAGAGUUCAAGUUGGGGCUAGGAUCAAGUGAACAUAAAAUACCUACCAUCCAUGAAGCUUUAGCGUUUGUGUCGGGCUCAGUCAGGCAGGUGGUUCUUGAUGUGAAAGUUGGGCCACCGUCAUUUGAGAAAGACUUGGCCAUGGAUGUUUUGUCUGUGGUGCAGAGAAGUGGCUGCAAAAAUUGUUUAAUUUGGGCAAAAAGUGAUGUUCUGGUACAUAACAUUAUGAAUUUAAAAGAAGAUGCCAAGGUUGGUUACAUUGUCUUGAAGGAUUUUGUCACUGGUGCCACGAGUAAUUUACUCAGGAUGAAAAAUGCAGUAGUAGUUGGGGUCUACCAUCCUUUGAUCGACAAGAGGCUUGUUCAGAUCUUGCAUGGGAGCAGGAAGAAAGUCUAUGCCUGGACUGUUGACGAUGCUGAUUCAAUGAGGAGGUUGUUAUUAGAACAAGUGGAUGCCAUAGUCACAGGCCAUCCAUCUCUUCUACAGAAUGUCAUGCAGGAGCUGGAAACAGAAUGCUUUGCAGAGGGCUUCUCCUUACCUUGAAAGUCCCUGGUUUGGCUUGCUUUUCCUUUUUUUAAACAGUUCCAGUUAAGGUGUUGCUGUUUUACCAAAUAGGUCAUAAAUUUGUAUUACUUAUUUAUGUGAUAGGUAUGAAUCUUUAUAUACUUAGUCAUAAUAAUAUAUUAUGUUGUAAGCAUGACAAUUAGAGAGGAAUUAAAGAGGUUUUCCCACUAA